CGAAACGACGUCGUAAGCUGUAGCGUGGCGCGGUGGCCGAACUCGUACGUACAAACGCAAAGAAGAUCCAAAAUAUUGUUAGCGUAAGCGCCAAACCCAUCCCUCCUCACAUCCAACGGCCCACGGAAAUCCUGAGCCACCUAUUUCAAUCCUGGCCCUUGAUUCUUCAUAACAUUAGGCUUUUGUCCCUUCCUUCGCUUCGGUGUAGCUUUGUUGUUGAUUUUUAAGUUGCUGGUUGUUUAGAUACAGUGAAUAAUGCUGGUUCCGCCAUGGCUGGAGAGGCUUCUGAGCACCUCUUUCUUCAACAUCUGCCGCAGCCACGGCGACGCCGCCCGGAGCGAAUGCAACAUGUUCUGCCUGGAUUGCAAUGCCGACGCCUUCUGCUUCUACUGCCGCUCCUCCAAACACAAGGAUCAUCAAGUUAUUCAGAUACGGAGAUCUUCGUAUCACGAUGUGGUGAGGGUUUCGGAGAUUCAGAAGGUUCUGGACAUAACCGGAGUCCAGACGUAUGUGAUUAACAGCGCAAGGGUUUUGUUCCUCAACGAGCGGCCUCAGCCUAAAGGAGGGAAAGCCGUCUCUCAUCUCUGCGAAAUCUGCGGGAGAAGCCUCUUGGAUACAUUCCGCUUCUGUUCCCUCGGAUGCAAGCUUGUAGGAAUAAAGGGAAAUGGGGAUGGAAGCUUUAUCAUCCAAGGAAUAUCGGCAUCAUCAUCAUCAAAUCAAGAGGAAGAGGAGUUGCGUGAGGGGUCACAACAAGACAUAUACCCGCCCACGCCCCCUCCACCUCCAAGAUCAAGAAGAAAAGGCAUUCCUCAAAGGGCACCUUUUAGGUCAUAAUUCUUUCUUUUUUUUCCUAAUUAAAUUUAAUUAAGAAAAUUACUCCGAAACUACUUUAUACAACUCACAUUUUGGGGUCACUGUCCCCCUCCAUAAAAAAGCAAUUGUAGGUACCAAUAUUUAAUUCAAAUCCAGGGAUUCUUUCCAUCCUUUCUUUCUUCACACAAAAUAAAAAACAAAAUCGGUUGAUGAUAUUGAAGAAAAGAAUUGUUAUUGAAAUUUGUUGUGUAUGUACAUUAUUGUAAUUAACAAAGAAAUUUAUUUAUAAAA